AUGUCCGCCAGCAACGUUCCGUAUCCCUUCCAUUUCGAAAGUGCAUCGGCCGCCGGGCCACAAGAUGGCACGACUACCGACGUCACUAUCAAGUUGAAGAAUGUCCGCGGAAAAAUCCCAUCCAUUCAAACCUCGCGACUCCGCACAAUGAUGCUUGAGGCCCGCAACGAUCCCACCAAGAUCCUCGCUCACGCCUGCACGUACGACGGCCUCUCUUCUCGCCUGGUCGAGGAAGCAGGAUUCCCGAUGGUUUUCCUCGCGGGAUAUGCAGUUGCCAGCUCAUACGGCCUGCCGGAUACUGGAUAUAUUGCCAUGGCCGAAAUGUGUGAUAAAAUCCAGGAGUCUUUCCGCCAGGUCUCGGUGCCGAUCAUGGCAGACGGCGAUACCGGGUAUGGAAGUCCGAUGAAUGUCAAGCGAACAGUUGAGAGCUUCGCAGCUGCGGGAGCCGCGGGAGUUAUGAUUGAAGAUCAACAGUGGCCCAAACGUUGCGGUCACACUAAAGGUAAGAACGUCGUCUCUCGCGAAGAGGCCUAUGCUCGGAUCCAAGCUGCAUGUGAUGCUCGCAAUGAAGGGCAGGAUAUUUUUAUUCUCGCCCGUACAGACGCUUUGAUGCACGGCUGGGACGAAGCUAUAACUCGUGCAAAGGAAUUCAUGCGAAUCGGAGUCGACGCGAUUUUUGUCGAGGCCUUGCCGGAUCGCGAUGCGAUGAAGCGGUGUACGGAUGAGCUGGAUAUUCCAGUAUUCGCCAAUAUAAUCGAGGGAGGAAAGACAGAAAAUCUUUCAGCGAAGGAGCUUGGUGAGCUGGGAUAUAGUGCUGUUGCGUACCCUUGGACCUUGGUCGCUGCUCAUCUCCGGAGUGUUCGGGAAGCUCUGGACGGCUUGAAGAAAUCUAUGACGACUGGGGCCCCUCCCAUGAUAUUGUCAUACGAUCAGGUCUGCGAAGGUGUUGGAUUUAACAAGUACUGGGCUCGGGAGGAGAAGUACAAGUACAACACCUAA